AUGAGAGGGGUUCAUGCCAUGGCCAUCUUGUUCGUGGGAUGGCUCACGGUCACUGCACAGUGUCGUAUGGAGGCUGGAAAACGAAGCUAUCUAGACGGUGGCGAUAACAAUGCUACCGUGGCCAACGCGAUAUCAUCGUUAGAUGAUGCCAAGUUUACCGUCAUAUUGUGCGGCAAAUGGAGUUGCGACUUCGGUGACUGCUACUGCUGUGACAUCCGGGAGACCCCAUGUUUCAAGACUUUGGAUGAGUGCAAGUCUAAAUGCCCUAAGUGCAAUCCCAAGUGCCCGCCGCCUGAAUCUUCGAUAGAACUACACGCAUGAAAGGAUGACAUGCUCUAGUCCCUAAACAAGGGAACAAUGAUAGAUUCUCCUGAUAAACCGUUUUGUCGUUGU